AUGCCCAACUACAGUGAUCGCGAGUCUAUUGACUCUGGUCGCCAGUCGGUGCCCAUGUGGGACAGCUCAGACCCAGACAGAGCCCCUCCGCCAUUGCCUAUUCCACCUGGCUCACCUGGUCUGGCCACACGUUCAAAUGCUUCGGCUAACAUCCAGGCCACGGCACAGAGGCUGACGGAGCGCGCUCGCGAGAACAUGCCCGCCAGCGUCUACACGACAAACCCGUCGCCUGCCACUUCACCCGACAAGUCACUCAUCAAGGGAGCUCAUCACCGCCGCCUACAGUCCCUGCAAACAGGAAGUGUUCGCGACCUUCGCUCUUUCAUUGAUGGUAUGCGCAACGGUUCUCCCGAGAGGCCCACCUCGAGAUCCACUGCCACUUCCCAAGGCUCGCCCACUCGUCCUGCCGAUGCCGACUACUUCUCAAGCCCUCCUCAGGACCACUCCACACCCACGCCUGCAGACAGAUACGCUCUCAGGGACGCUCCUAACCUCCGUCCUGCCUCUCGUCCCAGAGCCAUACUCGGCGAGAACACUCCUCCAUCGGCCACCAUGCUCGCUCUACAGACCAUGACCGCCCGCGAUCCCGACUCUUCUCUACACGACAUCACGAACUCUUCUCCUUCUCGCGAGCCCAAGACAUUGAACGAAAUGAUGGCCCAGCUUACGAACAUCACGAACAUAACGUCAGGCAUGCAAAAGGACAUGGCCCAGCUCAACCGCCGUAGCAAGGACAAUGCCGCCGACCUGAUCGGCUUGAAACAGGCUGCUGACAGUCGUGACGAAGAGAUCCGCAGAAACUUGCGUGACCUCCUUUCCAAUGUGACGGCUUCUGACGCUGGCUCCGUCUUUGGUGGUAGAUCAUCCGCAUUCGGUCUUGGUCUUCUCGAGAACAAAAGCAUCACCUCACCAACUGCUGGAGCAAGACCCUUUGGCUCGCUUCCUCGCUCAAACAGUCAUGGCAGCUUCCUCGACCCUGGCAGUCCCAACCCUUUUUCCGUGGACGGUGCCGCCAGUGUGGCCAUGCUGGAGAAGAUCAUCCGCGAGAUGGUCACCAAGGAUGGCCAAGAUCGCCUUCUAUCGACUUUGUCUGAAUUGCUCGACAAGCACAGCAGGGAUAACGUCCAGGCUAUCGAGACCGCUCAAAAGGUCGCCGAGCUCUCGGACUUCAUCAAGGAAAAGUCCGGUAGUCAUGCUCUUGUCCGUCAUUCCAUGGACUCUCAGGACGAUGAACAGAAGUCAAAGGCCAUUGAUGCCAUGAGCGCCGACAUUCUGAGACUGCUCCAUAAGAUCAAGGACAGCACCUCUCAAAGCGGUGGCUUGAGCAACGAGAUCAAGGCACUUCUUCAGAACCUUCGUGGCGAGGUUCUAGGCAUGGGUCGCGAGCUCGGUCGCCAACUUGAUCAGGCCAACUCUACUUCUAGAGUCGCCGAAGAUGGCUCGCAGAUCAAGACCGACGUCGAGGAGAUUGUCAACCAAGGUCUCUCCCAACUCAGAGAGCAUAUGGAACACAUCAUCCAGCAAAACUCGCAACAACUCAUCAUGUCCAAUCACCAGGACGAGAACAAGAGCAAGGACAUGUACGACAUUGUCAAGAGUGCCAUCACAGAGCACAGUUCUGCUCUUGUUCAGACACAGCCUCAAUCAGACGGGCUUGAUAGAGCAAGCAUUCUCGAAGCAGUUAAGGAUGCCAUCGAAGAGUUCAGACCAGAGAUAGAGCUUCAACAAUUCGGUCUCGAACGCGACGAGAUUCUCUCCGUCUUGAAGGAAGGUUUACACGACUACCAAGCCAACAAGGAACCCUCCGCAUCACCCGGUGCCAACAUUGAGGAAGUUGAAUCAGCCAUGCAGCGUGCUCUUCAAGAGUUCAACCCUCCCAGACCCACUGAUGAGAUAGCUUCUUUCAAGGAAGAUCUGCUUGCGUCUAUCCGCCAAUCUAUCGAAGAGCUCAAAUCUGCUGGUCCAGAUGAUGCCGCCACUCAUGCCAUUGUUCUCGGAGCUGUCAAGGAGGGUCUUGAGAACCAUGGGCCUCACGCUCCUCGUGAAUUUGACAUCAGCAGAGACGAUCUUUUCGAGGCUGUGAAGGCCAGUCUCGAUGGCUCAACUCUUCCAUUUGGCAGCUUUGGUGAACAAGUUUUGGGCCAACUUCGCAAUCUCAUCGAGGAGAUGAAAGUUGAAUUCAAGCAGUACUCCGCUGCCAAUGGCCACGACACUGAGCAAGUUUUGGACGCCCUUAAGGAUGGCCUCGAAUCCUUGCGCCACGAAGUCGAAUCAUAUGUUGACCGCGCUCAGGAUGUGACAGGCAAGGAUGAGAUUGUCGACGUCGUCAAGAGUGGUCUGGAGCAACUUCGCGGUGAUGUUCAAGGCUAUUGCGCCGAAGGACCUUCCAAUGGCCGUAACGAGAUGAUUGACUACAUCAAGGCUGAAUUUGAGCAUCUUCAUGAGGCUGUCAGCGGUCUUGGAACUCGUGAAGGCGACGAAGGUCGUCCUUCAAGCACUUCUGAAAUCCUCGUUGCUCUCGAAGCUGGAUUCUUAGAGCUCAAGAACCAGACCGCUAGCCGUGAUCUUCUCGAUGAGACUAACGAGGAAGUCUUGGAAGCCAUGAAGGCUGAGUUUGAAGCCCUUCGUGACGCUGUCAUCGCCGGCUCUAAUACACACAAGGCUGAGGUUAUUGAAUCACUCCAGGAGAGCCUCGAUGCCCUUCAUGGCAAGAUCGGCCACCGCGAGGAUGGUACUUCUGACAAUGAGCUCUUGCUGUCUAUGAAGGAUGAGCUGGCUCAUCUUCGCGAGACAAUCGCUAGCACUCUCCUGAAGUCCUGCGCCGCCGCUGAGCGCGACGAGAUGAUUGAGACUAUUCGCGAGGCCGUCGACACCAUCCGUAUACAGAUCAGCUCUGAGCAGGGUGAAGCUCACGCUGUGACUCUGGCCGCGCUCAAGGAGCAGCUGGAGAAUUUCCGCGAAUCUACCACCAAGGGCCUUGUUCUCAGUAGUGGCGACAACAACAACAACGAUGAGGAAGCUACUCAGGCACCCCUUGAUGAGAUAAGAACUCGUCUCGACGAAAUCGCUGCUGCCAGCUCAGGCUCAGGUGUCAACACAGCUCUCUUGGAGGCCAUCCAAGGUGAGUUCCAACAAAUUCGUCACUCUCUGGGUACUGGUGGCUCUCGCGCCGAUACGGAAGAAGUUCUUGACGCUGUCAGACUUGGUCUGGAUGAUCUCCAGUCGUCUCUUGAGAAGAAGAUCGACAACCCCGAGGUGCACAGAAAUCUCAACAACGAGCUCAUGGACACUCUCAAUGAGGGCCUUGACAACAUGCGCUCAGACGUGUCCAAGAUCAUGGACAAGCCUGUCGAUAUGACUGUCAAUUACGAGAUUCUGGAGACGCUGAAGGAGGGCGUUGCUAGCCUUCGCGCUGAUAUGGAGAAGCUUACUGGUGGCGACCGUCCAUCAACAUCUCUUGGUAGUGAACUAAUUCUUGCCGACGCACCCGGUGAGGAUGGAUCACGCGAACUCAGGGAAGACGACAAGGCUGCUCCUUCUGUCAGUCUCAAGGAGAGAAUGGAGGCUCUGUUCGCACAACUUCAUAUCAAGGUUGAAGGCCUUGCUGCAAGCAUCGGCGAUAUGCCUACCUCCUCGGCUGCUCCUGCUGAGGGUACCGUAUUGAAGGAAGAUCUUUUCGGUAUGGAAGAGACUCUUCGACAGAUCCAAGAUGCCCUCUCAAUUAUGGCUAAGAAAGGAAAUACUGAGCUUGAUAACGCUGUCACCAAGGAAGACACCGACGCCAUCGAGACCUUGCUACGCAAUACCAAGGCACAUCUUGAAGAACUCCCUGCAUCUAUUGCCAGUAGAGAACAGCUGGACGAUGUCGAGGCAGUAGUCCGUAGCGCCAAGGAAGCCAUUGAUGGUCUUGCUACCAAGGAGGACGUAACUGUCGUGGAAGUUCUCCUCAAGGACCUCGCCAUUGCUUUUGAGGAUUCUAAGUCCAGGGCACCGGAGCAAGGCGAAGAGGAAGACACAGCUUCUCGUUUGAACAAGGCAGACUUGGACGCUCUUGGCAUGCUCUGUACUGAGAUCAAGGAGAAGAUCUCAGAGCUCAACCUACCCGAUCCUGAUGCACUCCCAUCCAAGGCCGACGUUGAACAAAUCACUGGCCUCAUCAAUGACUUCCGUGAGAGCCAUGACAAGGUCAGAGAAGGUUACGAGAAUGAUAUCGCCAUCACUGCCAAGGCUUUCGACGACCGCAGAAAGGAGGCUGAGGAGAUGACCGAGGCUAUCUCUGGUGUCAAGGCUUUCUUGGAGGAAAUCAAGGCUGAGAUACUUGCCAAGGUCGAAGAAGGCACACCCGGUAUGGCUGAUAUCGAAGAGGCUAUCAAGUCGAUUGAUGAAAAGGUUGCUGGUGACGAAGGCAUUGGAGCCGACAUCAAGGAAAUCUUGGAGACUGUCAAGAACGAGUUUGAGCGCUCGCAUGAAUCUCUGGGCGGCAUCAAGAUCGACCAUGAGCAGAAUAGCUCCACUUUGCUUGAGAAGCACGCCGAGCACAAGGAUGCCAUUGUGGCUGCUGUGACCGAGAAGGUCGACUCUUGCUUCGACGGUCUCAUGAGCAAGUACGAUGACGCCCAAGCCGCUGCGCACGACAAUGCAAAGUCUAUGGAAGAGCAGGUUGAACAGCAGAAGGAGAUACUGAACAGCACCAAGGAGAUGACUGAUGAGUUGAAGCUCUCUAUCGACACAUUGGGCACGUCUUUGACCGCAUUCAUUCCUUCCUUCAACGAGGCGACCGAGAAGAUUUCCGAGGACUCCAAGACUGUGUUCGAGAAAGUCGAAGGCGCUAUGCUCAAGAUGGACGAGCACAAUGACGGCAUGAAGACCGAACAUCAGACCACUCGUGAGGAUGUUGUCAGGGUCGUGGAGGCCAUUGCUCUUCUCCAAGGAGAGGUCACCGAGUACAACCCUCAAUUCUCCAUGUCGCUCAAGGAGCUCCACGCUCUGGUCGGUGCUCACUAUGAGUACUCGCAACAACUUGCUGCCACUGCUGAAGAACAAGCCAAGACAGUUCAUGACACUAUUCGUACCGUUACCGAGGAGUCGAAAACUCACAUUGAAGGUCUCUUCGCUGAGAACCUCAAGAAACACUUCUCCGAGAACCUCAGCGCGCAGACAGAGGAGCUUAAAGGGGCUCUUCCUGCCUUGCUUCCUGCGCUUGCUGAGCCGGCAGAGAAGUAUGAUGACACUGCUAUUCAUGAGAAGCUCGAUAAGCUCGUUGGUGACACCGCAGUUCACGAGAAGCUUGACACUCUUGUCAACCUUGCUGGUGAAGCCGGAGCAGCCACCGCUCAGUUGGAACGUCUUGAUGAGAUCCACGCUCAAGUCAAGGCUACUGCUGCCGAAGUAUCUGCAUUCGUUGCUAUCCAGCAAAAGCAGAUUACCGAAGGUCAGGAGAGCAAGGAACGUGAGGCAGAAGAGCUUGCCCUACUCCUUGAACGUCGCCAAGUGCAGAAGGACAACAUCGAGACCGACAUUUCUUCUCUCAAUGAGGAGAAGGAAAGCCUUCAGGCUAUCGUCGAGGCUCUUCGUGCUGAGAAGGAUGCUCUCGCUGCGCAGAAGGCUCGUCUGAACAGUGAUGUCUCUUCUCUUCAUACCGCUCUGGAGAUUAGACGUGAAGAAUUGCACAUCAUGGAUGAGAAGGCCGAUGCUCUGGAACGUCGCAUUCUCGAAGGUUUGAUCGAUCACUCUCGUGCCAUGCUUCUUACACAAAAGACACCUAAGAUGUCGCCCAAGAAGAAGCCCCUGCGUGAUCUGCGUCUGCCUAGCGAUGCUUCAACGACAAACCUUCCGGCUCCUACCACUCCUAGCCUUCUGCAGAGUCACGCUCUCGCUAUGAAGACUCGCGGUAUGCCCAAGAAGACUGGCACUACUCCUAACACUGGUGAACGCCGCAUAAUGUCACUCAGUCAGAUCAGCCGCAAUCUCCCGACUGGCGGACCUGCUACAUAUGCUGCUGCUGCACCGAGCCUGGUUUCGGCACAAGGCUCUAUCAAUCGCAGUCAGUCUCUCAAGCAUAACAAGCUUCGCAAGAUUUCUUGGGGCACCGCACGUGCUGCAGCUGACAAGGAGAACGACAUUGAAGAGGUGACUGAGAUUGAUAGCAACUACGGUGGAUCUCGUCCUGUGAGUAGAGACUCUGAAUACCGCCCUCAGAGCCGUGACUACGACUCUCGCCCCGUCAGCCGCGACAGUCUUGACUCUUCGUACUACAACAGCAGUAGACGCAGCAUUAGCUACGCUGGAAGUCAGAGCGCUUGGACUGAGUCAAACUCUGGCAUUACUGACGAUGGUCGUCGUACUAGCUUGGGCACGCUCGGCACCUACGAGACUGGUAGCUACAUGACUGGCAGCGACAUUGACCGUCGUACCAGUAUUGGCAGCACCAUCCGCAGCACUAUGGAUCGCUCAAUCAUCCACGAGGAAGAGGAUGACAGUGAUCUUGAGAGCGAGUAUCACGUUGGCCUCGAGACUCCAGCUGUGCCCGUUGAGGCUACUAUUGGCAAGGACAUCGUACACUACGCACCUCCCAGCGACUCUGGCAUUGGCUCUGACCUUCCCACCGCGGCUCUUCAAGGCAAUGUUGACUACUUCGCUGGUGCCGUCGUUCCCACAACUGUACACGAAGACAGGGCUGCUUGA